UGCCAAAAUCGGGAAAGAAUGGCUGCGUUUGGCCCAGGGCGCAGUGUCGUGACAGAGGCUGGAGAAAAUGCUGGAGCAGGGGCCCAACCCAGGAUCCGGUUGGAAGGAAUCAAGGAAGAGGAUCCGGUUUCCGCCACUGGCCAGACGGUGGACUUCCCUAGAUGGGACGGAGGGCUGAAGGUAAAGCAGGAGUCAGAGGAGCCGCUGACCCCGUGCUGGGAAACACAGUGUCAGGCGGAGGAGGAGCUGCUAAAGACCAGGGAGGCCCCUUGCUCAGGGUGUGGGGUCCCGGUCUUGCCAGAGGAACCCACGCCGUGGGACGACCCCAAAGCUUUCUUGGCCUCCUUUGAGCAAGUGGGCAAGGCGUGCCGGUGGCCCAAGGCGGAUUGGGUGAGCCGGCUCUUCCCAGCCCUGGCGGGAGAAGCCAAGCAGGCCUUUGAAAAGAUGGAAGUUGGGGACAGAGGGGAUUAUGGGAAGGUCAAGGCGACCAUCUUGCAAAGGGACGCCAUGAGGCGGGAGAAGGAACGCCAGCACUUCCGGCGUUUCUGCUACCGGGAGGCUGAGGGGCCGAAGGGGGUGUGUCACCACUUGCAGGGCCUUUGCCACCAGUGGCUGAAAGUUGAGCAGCACACGAAGGAGCAGAUCCUGGAAGCCUUGAUCCUGGAACAGUUCCUGACCAUCCUGCCCCCAGAAAUGCAAACCUGGGUCCGGGAGAGAAACCCUGAGACUUGUUCCCAAGCAGUAGCUCUGGCAGAAGAGUUCCUGGAGAAGGAGAAGCAGAAACUGCAGAUCCCUGCGCCGGUUGAGGAGCAGGCUAUGAGGAUCUCCAAAGAAGGACAGCAGGAGAUGGAGGUCAGGCCAGCCGGCAGAGAAAUCAAACUGGAAAGUGUCGAAGAUGCCAGUUUGCUAGUUAGCAGGAAGGCCAACGAAAACGAAUGGCACCCCCUGCAGUGGGACAAUGAAGAAAAAGUGGAAGUCCGUAGGAUUACACUGGGAGAAGCCGAGCAAAAUUUUUCCCAGCACUGGGUUGUGGGAGAAGCUACGGCGAACGAGUCAAAGCUUCGGCUGGACGAAUAUCAUUCUAGAGGGGCGGUCCAGAGCAAACCCCGUGAAACCCCUAUGCUCCAUGCUGGAGGUCUCAAGGACAAGAGGAAAAAUGUCUGUGCCGACUGUGGGAAGAGUUUCCAGUGGAACUCGAGGCUGCUGAUCCACCGGAGGCUGCACACUGGGGAGAAGCCGUACAAAUGUAUUUUCUGCGGCAAGGACUUCCGCCGGAGUGCCCACCUCUACCAGCACCACCGGAUCCAUACGGGGGAGAAACCGUACAAAUGCGCCGACUGCGGGAAGAGCUUCAAUGAUAAGUCGACGUUCCUGAAGCACCGGCGGACUCACACGGGGGACAAGCCGUACAAAUGCACCAGCUGCGGGAAGAGCUUCAUCCAGAGCUCCCAUCUUUCUAGACACCUGAGAACCCACGCUGGAGAGAAGGUGUGAGGAGCUUCCAAUCGGCUUCAAAGACUUGUCGAGUCUUCCUAUAUAGGAGAGGUCCCUGCGCAGAAGCAGUGCUAUAAGGAGACAACCUACAUACGGGAAUGAAGUGGCACAGGGGGAGUUGGGAGAAGAGAAGUGACACCUGUUUCCUUCACUGUAGGCCUUCAAACUGGGUUGGCCUUGGGAUGGGAUUUUUCCGGACUGCAUAUUCCAUAAUCCCCCAUUCUGGGUAUUCUACCUGUCUUGCAGAUGUCUGUGGAUGGAAUCCAGGCACCUUAGGUAAAGGUAAAGGUUCCCCUUGACAUUUAGUCCAGUCGUGUCCGACUCUUAAGACGUGGUGCU